UUAGCGAUGCCCCGUGCAAGUGGCGUGUGGUCAGUACUGUCAACUGUCAGGAUAUUGUCACUGUCUGUCAAAUUCCUACGAGAUGAUCGUGAAAUGUGAAAACAAUUAUGUUUUGUUAUUGUUAAAAACUGAAUAGAAAAUAACACAUUUAAGAAGAAACGACAACUCAAAAUGUGGACUAUGCAUUUCGUAACAACAAUCUCUAUUUUGCUUUCGUUUUUGACAGCGAUAUCAUCAGAAAGCGACCCAUAUUCAAAAGAACCAUAUCGGCCACUUGGUCCUCUCGUGAAAUGUAAUUUUUUACCGCUGGAAUUCUUGGAUUGUGACGAACCAAUCGAUCAUAAAGGUAACCACACUGCUAGAGACGCUAUAGGUCACGGUUGUGUGAAAUUUGGCGGUGUGAGAUACGAUCAGGUGGAGAAAACAAGGGUGCAGUGUAAAGCAUUGGACGGCAUUGAGUGUUAUGGCAGUAGGAGCUUCCUGAGGGAUGGUUUCCCUUGCGUGCGGUACUCAGGACACUAUUUCACCACCACAUUAAUCUACAGUAUAUUACUAGGGUUCUUAGGAAUGGAUAGAUUUUGUCUUGGACAAACGGGGACGGCAGUAGGCAAGCUGCUCACACUUGGAGGGCUGGGUAUCUGGUGGAUAGUGGACGUCGUGUUACUUAUUACUAAUAGCUUGCAUCCUGAGGAUGGGAGCAAUUGGAACCCUUAUGUUUAGAUUUGAAACAUAUUUAUGUAAAGCUGAAGAAAUUGAAGCACAUGAGAUCUCAUCAACUUGAAAAUUAUAAUAUAAUAGAACAUGAGAGAAACUAAAUCAGGGUGAAAAUUCACUAUAUGCCAAUGUCUAAUAAGAUUUUUAUCAUCUUCCAGCCCUCAUCCCCAUCAAGUUUUGGAUGGUGCAUAUCCUCAAAUACAUUUGUUCAGUAUUUUUUUAUUUUUGUAUAAGAACAGUAGAUCCUAGAUUUUUCUGUGUUAAACCAAUUGAUAAGUCCACUUUCAGAAAUUUCAUUUAACAAAUAAGAAUAUUAUCUGAAUCAUGUUUUCAAUAAAUAAUUUGUCAAGUA